AUGGGAGCGCGAGCUCCAUCGCUGCAAGAGCUUUGCAUCCACACCGCCAUCGAUAAUCUCCACAGGUUUGGCGAUGUCGGCGACACGGAUCUGGAUCUCCUGCGCAUCAUCCUGCCGCAUUGCACGACGGACCAGCUGCGGCACAUCGAGAAUUGUAGCAAGGAUAGGGAUUUGGCACCCGUGACGAACGAGCUGUGGAAGAAAUGCUACGGCCGUGAUUUUGGCCCGCAUAGCUUGGAGCUUGUGGAGUCCAAAUUGAAGCAUGCCUCCAAGAGCCAGUUUAAGUGGAGAGAUUUGUACGAGAGAAACAAAGCAGGCAGCUCAAGCGAUGCUACAAAUCUCCACCGGAGCCGAAGAGAAGCUUUGGCAGUGAGUAGACCGAAAGAUCUUGUCAAGAAACGUCUCUGA